UUUGCCAUUUCUUGAAGCGGUUGAAAGUUCCCGAUGGAUUUUCUUCUAAUGUAUCACAUUGUGUGAAUAUGAAAGAAUUGAAGAUCUCGGGUUUAAAAAGCCAUGAUUUUCAUGUUCUUCUACAACAUCUUAUUCCCAUUGCCAUACGCAGUCUUUUGCCAAAAGAUGUUUGUGAUAGUCUUAUAAGAUUAUCCCAAUUCUUUAAGAUCUUGUGUUCAAAAACCUUGAAGUUGGAUGAGUUGGACUAUAUCAAAACUCAAAUUCCGUAUACUCUCUACAAGCUUGAGAAGAUAUUUCCACCAUCGUUUUUCGAUAUUAUGCUUCACCUACCCAUUCAUUUGGCUGAUGAGGCUAUGGUUGGUGGUCCUGUCCAGUUUAGAUGGAUGUAUCCAAUAGAGCGAUAUUUGCACGAAUUGAAGUCAUACAUUCGAAAUAGAACCCAUGCAGAGGGCUCUAUUGCAGAGGGAUACAUUGCUUCAGAGAUGUAUGACUCUUUGCACUAGAUAUUUGAGUGACAUCCAAACAAAGUUUAACAAACUCGAUCGGAAUGAAGAUGAUAAUGAAAUGGAAGACUUUUUGGGGUUUUCACUUGUUGGACGACCAGUGGGUGGUGGAAAGCCUCGUAACCUUAGUACUCAAGAGUUAGAGCAAGCUCACAUCUAUGUUAUGAAGAACACUGAAGAUGUGCAACCGUAUUUUGAGGAAUUUGCUGAACUUCCUCAAUAUAAUUCUUCUCAAACAUCCCAAAAUGAAAGUGCAAGCUUCAUCAAAUGGUUCAGAGAGAAAGUUGCAAGGUUGCCCAAUAAUGACAAAAGUAAGGAAACGGAGGAGCUUUUGUCAUUAUCGCGUGGUCCUUUUGUAGGUGUGAAAUGUUAUACAGGUUAUGUUAUAAAUGGAUUUCGUUUUCACACAAAGGACCAUGAUAAGCAUUUGAAGACUCAAAGUAGUGGGGUUGUUGUAGUUGGUGAUAACGGAGUUGAUGUGGAAGCUGUGGAUUAUUACGGAGUGCUCAGAAAAGUGGUGGAAUUGCAAUUUCUUGGUGGAAGAACGCUAGCUCUGUUUUGCUGUGAUUGGUGUGAUGUGUAUGAUAAGGGAAAAGGUGUGAAGGUGGAUGAAAAUGGGUUUGUGAGUGUGAAUCUCAAGAGGACUUUGAAAAUGAACGAACCUUUCGUCUUAGCUAACCAAGUCUCUCAAGUGUUUUAUCUUGAUGACAAUUUAAACAAGGGUUGGCACGUUGUUGUGAAAGUACAACCUAGGGAAAUAUAUGCAAUGAUGGCUGAAGACAACAAUGAGGAAGUGCCGAAUGAGAUCUAGCAAUUAUUUUUUCUUUCAAUGUUUGUAAUUGUCUUCUUCAUUUUGGUUGGUGUCACUUGGUUUCUUCAUAUUGCUUCCCUAAUGUUUGUAAUCAAGAAAUGUGACCCAUGAUAUUUUUGCCUUAGUUUAUCUUAUUUGAUUUGGGUAAUUUUUGAAUCUAUUGUGUUGUCUUACUUUCUAUUAUCAUUCCUUGCAUCUACACAAGAUAACAUGACAGGAAAAUCAUCUCAAGUGUCAAAAGGGAAGAAGAUAACUGGAGCAAGAUUUGUUGCACCAGGGGCUUUAGGAAGGGCUAUGAAACGUCCAAGUUUCUCUUCAUUAAGUUCUUCAUCAAAUGUGCCUUCAAAGCAUCAUUCUACUUCACAAAAUCAGCCCGUCGUGUGUAAGAAAAUGUGAUAUUGUGU